ACGCUUAAUUCAUUGAUAAUUUUGCAUUUGCCCUGAUAUCUUGUUGCUGCUCGUACAGAUUGAGCCCGCGUGUUCCGACGGUCUUCCCGGUCCGAAUUCACUUUCGUCCUCGCGCAGGAACGAGGGGCUCGGCGCGAUUGUUACACCCGCGACUGUUGUUAAGAUAAAUCAGUGUGCCUCUAUUAAUUACAGUGUUAUUUAUUGACUUAGUGAAACUAUAGCAGUGAUUUAGCAAAGUGAUACAAUUAAAAUUAGAGUUAAUUGAAAUCUAAUUAGUGUUGAUUGAGUUUAAUGAAUUUGUUUGAUCAUGGAAUCAGCUGGCUUUGACGAGCAAAUAUUCGGAGAAUUCAACGAGACUCUGAGUCCGCUUGGAGUUAAAUCGAUUCACGCGAGUGGACCAAGUGGUCACAACAUGGUGGUGUUGGGGAUCAAUCAUUCUCCACCUGACUCGUGCACGCAACGGUUACCGGAAGUGAACAGUAUCCUGGCGGCCGGUUCACCUAGCUACAAAAACAUCGACUAUACUAACUUGAGCAAAGUGGACUACCAUCCGAAUGGAAAAGUCGAAUCGCAGUACUCGCCAAAUUCCGGCAAGAUGGAGUAUAUCAACUGUAAGCUCGAAUGCUACAACCCGCCGCUCUAUGUCAAUAAUAAUCCGAAUAAAAUAGAAUAUGUUCAACCCUUAGAUUACAAUGCGAACGGUCGGCUCGAUUAUUCCCCGCCGUCGAAAGCUACCGACUACGGGGGCGGCAAGAUGGAGUAUGAAACCACCAUGACCAUGUUCCAGCAGCCUCCGCCGAUGAGCUCGACCACGCUGAACGGGUUGAACGAUCCCACCAAGCGAAAACACGACGAAGUGAACAGUGCUUCCGGUUCGUCCACGCCAACCACGACUUCGACAAUCGGGAACGGUAGUGAAAGUUGUGCGUCCGGUUCAAACAUGAAGAAAAACGACAAGAAAAAGUCCGAUCCCAACGGAAUCAAGAAGAAGAAAACAAGGACCACUUUCACGGCGUAUCAGCUGGAGGAAUUGGAGCGUGCAUUCGAACGGGCACCUUAUCCUGAUGUUUUCGCACGUGAAGAACUAGCGCUGAAACUCAGCCUGAGCGAAUCCCGUGUACAGGUCUGGUUCCAGAACCGCCGGGCCAAGUGGAGAAAGCGGGAACCCCCGCGGAAGUCCGCCUAUAUGGGCAAUAACAGUCCGUCAACGCCGAUGAACGGCCCGAUUGGAACAACUUUUACCCAGUUUCCCCAGACGCCGACGGUGACUCCGCCGGGCAGUGUGGAAAGUUGGUCCACCUACCAGACGCCGUACGAGCUGAGCCCGCACUUCAAUCUGCUGUCUCCUGCAGCUAGUCCUUAUGGUUCCUUCACCACCCAGUACGGUACUUACGUGCACGAAAGUCAAUUAUUUCCCGUAAGACAACAUUUCGAUUACGGCAGCCCGUCACGGCCGACGGGGACUGAGCCGGACGAAUCGCAUCACAAGCCGGAACACUACGCCUCGCUGGACGACAAAUUCGAUACGCACUGUACGGUGUCCGAUGGCGUCGCUAAUGGCAAGUAUGUGGAUGACACCAAGUACAUACACGCUGUCAACAUCAUCGACGAUGGCAAGUAUGGCCCGCCGAGCUGCCAUCUGGAGGAUCCGACGCUUAAGCCGUCCCACUACGGGGCACCAUCGUCGUGCCAACCGGCACCGGGCGACGAUUCCGAGUCGCUUGGCCUAGUCAAGUCGGAGGACGCAAGUGGCGUGGGUGGCAGCGGCACCAAUGGCUAUGUGCUGCCACCUUUUUUGCGCUGAAGCAAAUGCUGUCGGCAAAACGUUCUUAACAAGUUGUGUAGGACAUCAGAGUCGUUUGUUUCGAGACAGCAGCAGCAACAGCAACGUCGGAAAGCCACGUAGGCAGCUCCCCAAACAUCGUCAGCAGCAGCAGCAGCAGCAUUGUAUACCGUAAAACCAAAAUUCCUUAAUACAAUUUAGAGGAAAAUCCCACUCUGCAAAGUUAUGCCUGAUCUUGGACCCAUGGGAUGCUUCAAAUUCCUAUAUUUAUUUUUCAUCCUGCAUCCCAAAUUUACUCUCUCUAUCUUUCGGUAGGCUUAAGAAUACGUUAGUCGGUGUUAUCGCUGUGCCUAUGUAAAUACUCGAGCAAGUCGGAGCUUACCAAAGCUGUAAAAAUCAAAAUUAUGGCAAGACCGUUCGCAAUCCUGGCCCAUGGCUACAAGCAAAAACACUGCUUUGCUGACUGGAACAGCUAAUGAAAUCAAAACCGGAGGCUUAUUUGCACAUUUCGAACAAGAUCAUCAACAGACUCUUUUCACACGUCAUAUUCGAUAAAGGAAGGGAUCCUUGUAUAAACCGUAACGAAUCAGCAGGUUCAUCGAAAAGCCAGCAAUUGCCCCUUUUUAAAGACCGAAAUAAAUUAAAUUCGACCCGAGCAAAAAGGAAAAACGCAAACCAAGGGAUAAACACAGUCGAUUGUUACCGAGAACUUUCCGCGCCAGGUAGCACGAUGGGAUUUUGAUUUUUUUUAUUUUUUUUUUGUACACACUCUUUUACUGGUAUUAUGCUGUGUAUCUGUUGAAUAUAAAGCAUUUUCAUUUUCCCAAAUCAAUCAACCGUUUCUUGUUGUUCGAUAUUUAUGUGGAAAUUGGAAGAACACUAGGGUGGUGCGAGAUGCCGGACACGUGUCAGGUGUCUCAAGACAUUUCCCUCGAAUUUUACCACCAAUCGUUUCGCUAGAAGAAUCUCGGCUCAGACGAGCCACCCCCUUCAAAUUGUGCGCCCGAGCAGAACAAGUAUUUUCAAAAACAAGCUCGUACUUUCCCGUUUCACACGCACAUACGAGCGCCUCAUACUGCCCCGCAAGCAAUCCCAAAAGAUGUAAUAACAUCGACGAUGAUUCGCCACCACAAAAUUCGAAAAUUUGAACUUUUCCCUUUCCUUCCCGUUCUCAAUCCGGUUUUCGGUGUGGGAAAAGGAAAGUGGGGUUGUUUUGGGGAAGGAAGUGCGGUAUAUCGUCGUUCCGAGGUUUUUGCGCCGCCAUUGUAUUUUUAUUUAAUAUCGAGUUUCCCAACCAGUAAACACUGUUGAUUGAUGAAAACAUGAAUCUCCAUAAAAAAAACUGCCAAGCGAAAAGGAUAAGAGUCCACGGGGAAAUGAUUUGUAGCUUUGGGGUGGAAAAAAAUCGCGCCACGAAUUCGAUGACACGAGAAAAUGCAAGUCGAUUCGCCGAUCCGGAGAGCAAGGGAGAGAGGAAAAAGCUCUCCGGUUGGGGGAAAAACAUUGCGAAUGCCCACACCCCAGCAGCAACCGGAGAGUGGUUCCUUCGAGCGGAAUGUUUUAUCUCGGAUACGGGGAAGCUUGAUUGAAAUUUCCGAGAAGAUUCCAGCUGAAGGCACAUACGCAUCUUCAAGUGUGGCGGAUCGGAAAUGUACUGGGUAUGAAAAAUUCAACAGUUUAGCGAUUGAUUUUAGCCAAAUCAGUGAUGAAAAAAUAUAAAAAUGGGAGGCAAACCAUCUUGCGACCAGCCAUAACCAUAAUAAGUUAAAUUUCUGAUUAUGUCAAAAAAGUAUGUUUACAUUAUUCAUUUAUUCAGCAAUUUAGAAAAAUGCCGUAAACUGGGGUCAAUCGGGACACCUGGGGCGAAUUGGGACAGCAGUUUUAACUAUGCUGGAGCACAAUAUUUUGAUUUUUCUGGUAGGUUUCGGUUGGAACAGACCCAGACCAAUAAUAUGUGUACAUCCAUUUUCAAAUUUAAAAGCUUUAAGUGCUCCAAAAACUGCUGUCCCUAUUCCGACUGUAGUCUCGAUUCGCCCCAGAUUAUAGCACUUACGCAAGUUCCAAAAUGCUCCAUAUUCAACAUGAGCAAUUCUCAACUAAUUUGUCCUUUAUGGAAUUUCUUCUUUCCAAAAAUAAAGUCUUUAAUUGAAUUAAUAUGUUUCCCAAAAAAACAAUUUCUUUUUAAAAAAAACAACUCUGUGGCUCAAAAGUAUCCUGUUUGCAGCACCACUUUAAGUUUAUCUUUUUUUUUUGCACAGAUGCAAAGUUUGUGGGUAAAAGUAAAGAUUUGUUUGAUAUAUUAGACCAAAGCAAAACAAUUACUAAACGCCGUACCUAAGGGUUGGCGGCGUUGGUGGACCGCCAAGGACAAAAGCUCUUGGAGGGCUCCAAAAUCGAUGACUGAACAAAAUUUUCAUGUUGGUAUAAAAUCUUUAGUUGGUAUUUGAAACAGAAAGGGUGCCAAAAGUAAAAAAAGAAUUCCAAAAUAAUUUGUUUUUUUUUUUAGAAAGGUGCGCAAAAGUGAUAAAAAAGUUUCAGAAAUUUUAAAAUAGCUCUUUAAAUAGCAACAACAUUUAAAUUUGGACCGCAGCAUUAUAAAAUUCAGGUCAAGGCUUUUCCAGACUCAAGAAUUGCUCUAAUAUAUGAUUAUUCAUGUUAUUGUGUCAGAUUAAUCUUAAUCUGCCAUCAGGAUAGUCAAACUGUGCUUCUAUGAAGUAAUAUGAUUAGUUUUAACAUUGCAUGUAUUGCUCUGAACAACACUUUUCCCUCAAACUUAAUCCUUGAUAGACUGGUUUGCUCGGAUGCUUUUGAUAAAUUUAAUCGUAGAAAGAGAGAUGAGAUAAAAUUUUGGUGUCUAUAAGAGAAAGUUACUUUGAUUGGUAUGUAACUUUUUGUUGUUGUAAAAAGUAUCAUAACCGUCAAAAAAUAAUAAAAUAAAAAAAUUAAUAACAGGCCACAGUCUCAAUAUUAAAAUAAAUUUUACACUAGUUUG